CCUCACACGCGAGGCGGCAAGCCCCGCCCAAUGAGCAGCUCACGUGAUCUGGGGGCGGGACCACGUCCGGGUUUGUGGGAGUCGGAGCCAUGGCGGGCUUGGUUGACUUCCAAGACGAGGAGCAGGUGAAGUCUUUCCUGGAGAACAUGAAGGUGGAGUGUCACUACCAGUGCUACCGCGAGAAAGACCCGGAUGGUUGCUAUCGGCUGGUGGACUAUCUGGAGGGGAUCCAGAAGAAUUUUGAUGAAGCUGCCAAGGUACUGAAGUUCAACUGUGAGGACAAUGGGCACAGUGACAGCUGCUAUAAACUGGGGGCCUAUUACGUGACUGGAAAAGGUGGCCUGAGUCAGGACCUAAAGGCUGCGUCUGCCUGCUUUCUGAAGGCCUGUGAGAAGCCAGGGAAGAAGUCUGUGGAGUCCUGUCACAAUGUUGGGCUCCUGGCACACGACGGACAGGUCAACGAGGACGGCCAGCCUGACCUGGGGAAGGCCAGGGACUACUACACUAGAGCCUGUGAUGGCGGCUAUGCAGCCAGCUGCUUCAACCUCAGUGCCAUGUUUCUACAGGGUACCCCUGGCUUUCCCAAGGACAUGGCUCUGGCGUGUAAAUAUUCAAUGAAGGCCUGUGACCUGGGCCACAUCUGGGCCUGCGCCAAUGCCAGCCGCAUGUAUAAACUGGGGGAUGGUGUUGAUAAGGACGAGGCCAAGGCCGAAAUGCUGAAAAAUAGGGCCCAGCAGCUCCACAAAGAACAACAGAAAAACGUCCAACCUUUAACGUUUGGGUAAUGUGUGGCCCACCCUCCCUUCCAAGCAAGGGACAGCUUGACACUGACACCUCUGCUAUGAAACCAGAUGAGCCCUUAUGUCAGUCAGUGCCAUCUGCUCCAGAGUGUCACCUGCUGGGAGGGGCUGGAAGUGUGUGCUUUAGUAAAUAAUCCUUUGUGGGUAUUCUGCGAAGACACCUGUGUUAUGGGGGCCUUAAUUUCUAAACUGGACCUCUGAAAAAUAGGGGCAAACUGAGGAGCCUUUUGGGGUUGGGGAAACAAAGAGAAGCUGGGAAAUUUAGCAGCCACAGGCCUCAAAGAACCAGUCAGAAGAGCUUGAAAAUUAGAAAGUGUCCUAAUUUGCAUAACAGAGGUCUUGAGGAGCUAAGAACAGCCGCAGUCACGACUGCCGCCCUCUGCCUUAUGUAACCACGGUGUGGGCUUCUUGCCUUUCCAGUCAGGCCUUUCGACAGAUUUGCACGGAUCAGGAGCUGUGUGCCAAGUGAAGGUUGAAGGUGCUUAUAUUAUGCCUGGCGGUUAGGAAACAAAACCUAAGCGGUUGCCUCCUCUAGACAAGACAUUUGCAGUUCAAAAUUACCCUCCUCAGCUGCUUCUGCUCCUCAUGGGAAGGCAGAUGACUCCUGAAGCAGCUGCCGCUUGGGAUCUGACAACAGCACAAAGCUGUCCACUGAACAGAACCUUUUCCUUUUGGGUUGUGGGCAGAGUGUUUCAAGACAGGAUUUCUCUGUUACAGUCCUGGCUAUCCCAGUACUCGCCUUGUAGACCAGGCUGACCUUGAACUCAUAAAGACCCACCUACCUCUGCCUCCCAAGUGCUGGGAUUAACUGUCUGGCUGCUUCUUUUUUGAACAGGCCUUUGUGCUAUCUAUGCUGGCCUUAAAGCUCCCAGCCCUGCCUCAGCCCACUGUGUCAGGCAGGACUGAACUUGUUAAACUGUCCAGAUGAAUGAGCUGUUUCAGUUGACUUUUUAAUCUGUUGUGCUCCUGUUCUCCAGAUCCUGGCAGGAUGGAAUGUACUCAUCAUGGUGGCUGUGCAGUUUUCUUUUUUGUCUUUGUGUUUGCAUGUGCCUUUGUAAUAUUUUUUCCUUCUAUUGUCUCUACUUGUCACUAGGGGGCGAGCUUGUCCUUUUCCUCUGACAGCUGGACCAGUGUAUCUAUCCUUACCCUGGCUUCCCUUCUGGUCUGGCAGCUGGCUGCUCUAGAAGGCAAGCUUGCCUUUGAGGGCUGUGCACACAGACAGCUGCCCCCUCAAGUUGACACAGGGGAGGGCCUUUCCUGAGUGUGGAGAGAGCUUUUUAAAAGACAUCAAGUUUGUUUUUAGAACGUCUUGAAAAUAGCGUUUGUUGUGAUUGGCUGCCAUAGACCAACAGGCUUGGGCAAAUAUCCUAAUCGUGGGGAAACUACACAUGAAAACCACACAAACUCUUCUACUGUCCUGGGACCACAGCGUGGAAGGAAGCAGCUGAUCCUGCAAGUUGUCCUGUGACCUCCAUGCGGGACUGUACACACUGUGAAAAAGAAAUGGAAUAAGAAAUAAAACAGUAGACAAUUGAUUUGAUUACAAGAUAACUGAAAGCCAUGUGCAGGAAGUGCCAGGCUAACCAGGAGUACAUAGUGAAACCCUGUCUCAGAAAUAAACAGCAGCCGUGCCAAUGUGUGUGAGAGAUGUCCUCUCUGCUGCGGCUCCAGAAUCAUAACAACAAAUGCAGGUGGAAUGGAGUGGCAAGGACAGCAUCGUUCAUGAGAACAAAAGAUGGCUCAGCCACUUGGGAAGACAGCCGAUCAGUAUUUAAGAAAACUAAACAUACAGCGUCUUUUGGCAAUCUUGCCUCUUUAUAUUUCCCCGGGGGCAUUAGACUUGGGCUCAAAUCCAGUAGGGCUGUGAGUGGCAAGCUUUGUGAUUGUCAAAGCUUGGAAGCAACAAAGUAGAUGAAAGGGUAAAUGAUACAACGGAAUAUCUAGUACUUAAAAAAAAAAAAUGAGUCACAGCAGAUGCAGAGGGAUAUUCCUGAACGGAAGGGCCAAAUCUCAAAGGUGACAUUCGUGAUUCCCAUUGUAUGAUACGGGUGUCCUCAAAAAAGUGGUAUCGGUAAGUUAGAACCUGGCAGUGUGGCUCAGUGGAAGAGGGCUGGCUGAGUUCCUGGGUUCUGUGGGUUCCGGGACUACAGGUAAAGCUGAGGUGGCAGGCUGCAGAGAUGGCUCAGCGGGUAAGAGCGCUCACUACUGCUCCUGCAGGGGGCUUGAGAUUGGUUCCAUCACAUGGUGCCUCAGAACCUUCUGACGGCAGCUCCAGGGGAUCUCAUACCCUCUUCUGGCUCCAGAGGCAGUAGGCACAUACGUGGUACACAGAUAGGUAAAGUUCACAUGGUAGGGUGGUUACAAUGUUAAGGUCAUGAGGCCACUCUGUAUGGUACACUGGAUGUGGAUACGGGUCAUGAGCCAUCCAAUUGGGAAAAUGUGAAAUAAGAGUAAACCCUAAUGUAAGCGAGGACUUUGGGGGACCGUGUGCUCACAGAGGUUCAUUGAUCGUAAUGGGCCUUCAGGGGAAGGUGUCAGGGUGUCUCUGUGUGAGGGCUGAUUCUUCGUAUAGAAGUUGCUGCAUUUUCUCAAUUUUGCUCUGAACCAAAAGCUGUAAGAAAAUCUGUUGAAAAUACAAUCACACCAAGAUACUACCUCACACCCAGUAGGACCACUACUAUUAAAAUAGAUGUCGAGUAUAGAGAAAUCGGGACUAUUAUGCCCUGCUGAUGAGAAUGUGAAAAUUUAGAAAUAAACUGCAUUUUGUUUACGAAGUUGCUUGAAAAGAUUUGUGGCUCUUAGUAUAGCAGAGAGAGGCCUGGACUUCGCUCUUCUGAAUGUGUGCAGUUCUGGGC